AUGUCCUUCAAUGAACAUGGCGACUGGUCAGCUGGUGACCGAGCCAACUACCCGAAGGAAAUCUACAAUGUCCAUGAUGAGCUUCCGGACACCAAGUGGCCGGUGGUUUACCGUGAAUUCCCCAUAUUCCACCCUAAUUAUCCUAGGUGGGAUAUGCCCGAGCGACGUCAAGGCCCUGGUCUAGCACGGGUCCAAGUACCAUGGAGGCAUCCCGAGAAGUGCGUGGUCUCGUAUCACAGCCCAUGUGGUGAGAACAGUAACGACAACUACCACAAUGUCGUCAUGGCAAAGUAUUGGUCGAAAAGGGAGCACGACAAAGAUGAGUUCAAGGUCUUGUUUGAGGAAAACAGACAUGAGGCCGUCCUUGCUCACGAGAGAGCUCGAAGGAGAAAGGCUCGAAUGGAAAAGGCUCGAUGGAAAGAAGCUAAAGGAGCAGAGCUCGAGUAA